GUCGAGCGGUUCUCCGGCGAGAGUGGAAGUGUUUCUGGACAAGUCUUGCAAGCGUGUGUCAUUUUGACCAGAACUUUGUGUGUCAAGAGCAGAGUCUUCUCGUGAUUUCCCAACCCCAUGAGCCCAGAGUGAUAAGACUUCGCGCAUAUCGAAGGCUCAAAGUGCAGGACAAGAGAAAGGUGCCGCUGGAACAGAAACCGCUUCAGGCUUUUCCUCCUCCGUCAAAAGCUCUCAUCAUCCCGGAGACUGGUACUUUGGGCAGCAGGAAAGGUCUAAUUUGUUCGGUGGAAAAAUUUUGAGCAGCCAGCAAAGAUGUCGAUGUGCGGCAUUCAGAGGGCUCUCGACCGCAUGAGUCGGGCAUCGAAAGUGAAGAUUUGGUCAAUUGCCAGGAAUGGAUAUUCUACAAAGGUCGAGUACAAGCCCAUCCGGUCGGUGUUGGUGGCGAAUCGAGGAGAGAUCGCGAUCAGAGUCUUCCGCGCAUGCACAGAGCUGGGCAUCAAGAGCGUGGCCAUCUACUCGGAGCAGGACAAGAUGCACAUGCACAGGCAGAAGGCGGAUGAGUCGUACCUGGUGGGCAAGAACCUGCCGCCCGUGGAGGCGUACCUCAACAUUCCGGAGAUUAUUCGUGUGUGCAAGGAGAACGACGUGGACGCCGUGCAUCCUGGCUAUGGCUUCCUCUCGGAGCGCAGCGACUUCGCCCAGGCUGUGAUUGAUGCGGGCCUGAGGUUCAUCGGGCCGUCGCCAAAGGUCGUGCAGCAGAUGGGAGACAAGGUAGCCGCCAGGAAGGCGGCCAUUGACGCCGGAGUGCCGAUCGUGCCGGGCACUGACGGUCCGGUGACCACGAAAGAGGAGGCGAUGGACUUCUGCAAGCGCUACGGGCUGCCGGUGAUCUUCAAGGCGGCGUACGGAGGCGGAGGCAGGGGCAUGAGGGUGGUGAAGAAGAUGGACGAAGUGGAGGAGAUGUUUAUGCGUGCCAGCUCAGAGGCUAAGGCCGCCUUCGGCAACGGAGCGAUGUUCAUUGAGAAGUUCAUCGAGCGUCCGCGUCACAUUGAAGUGCAACUGCUGGGCGACAAGGCGGGAAAUGUGGUGCAUCUCUAUGAGAGGGAUUGCUCUGUGCAGAGGCGACAUCAGAAGGUGGUGGAGAUUGCACCGGCGCCGCGGUUGCCCAUUGAGGUGCGUGACAAGAUGACUGAACACGCAGUUCGCCUGGCCAAGCAUGUGGGCUACGAGAAUGCCGGCACUGUUGAGUACUUGGCGGACGACAAAGGCAACUUUUACUUCAUCGAAGUCAACGCUCGACUCCAAGUGGAGCACACAGUGACUGAGGAGAUUACAGGAAUCGAUCUGGUGCAGUCGCAGAUCCGCGUGGCGGAGGGAAUGACUCUGCCUGAGCUGGGAUAUACGCAGGAGAACAUCCACCCUCAAGGAUAUGCCAUUCAGUGCCGAGUGACCACUGAAGAUCCCGCCAAUGACUUCCAGCCAAGCACUGGUCGCCUGGAGGUGUUCAGAUCGGGCGAGGGCAUGGGAAUCCGACUGGACAGUGCCUCAGCUUACGCGGGUGGAAUCAUCUCGCCGUACUACGAUUCUCUGCUCGUGAAGGUUAUUUCGCACGCUUCUGAUCUCCAGGGAUCAGCCGCCAAGAUGAACAGAGCCUUGCGAGAGUUCAGAAUUCGCGGAGUGAAGACGAAUAUUCCCUUCCUGCUGAAUGUGCUUGAGAACCAGAAAUUCCUCAACGGUGUCCUGGACACGUACUUCAUUGACGAACAUCCGCAACUCUUCAAAUUCCAGCCGUCGCAGAAUCGCGCCCAAAAACUCCUCAACUACCUCGGAACGGUUCUCGUUAAUGGACCUCAAACACCUUUGGCGACUAAACUUAAACCCGCGGACGUUCAUCCGCAUGUUCCCGAUGUAGAUUUAGGCCCUCAAGCUCCUCUUGAUCUCUAUCAAGUACUUAAUCCAAAGCCACGUAAAAGCUUCAUUCACUUUUCUUUAUCUUCUUAUAGUAGAUGCUUUGAGCUUUCUUGUUGCAUGUGCUUAAUCGCUCAUGGAUGCACAACUGAUAUGUUUUACUCUUGUCUCUGUUCUUUAGCCACGAAACCCAAACCGGGACUCAGGGAUGUGCUGAAGAGUCAGGGUCCCGAGGCAUUCGCCAAGGAAGUGCGGGCGAGGAAGGAAUUGCUGCUGAUGGACACGACUUUCCGCGAUGCUCAUCAAUCUUUGCUGGCCACACGAGUGCGAACCCACGAUUUACUGAAGAUUUCGCCAUUUGUUGCCCAUAAAUUCCACAAUCUCUACGCCCUGGAGAACUGGGGAGGAGCUACAUUUGAUGUGGCGCUCAGGUUCUUGCACGAGUGUCCGUGGGAACGGCUGGAGGAGAUGCGCAAGAUGAUCCCCAAUGUUCCCUUCCAAAUGCUGCUGCGCGGCGCAAAUGCCGUUGGCUACACGAAUUACCCAGACAAUGUGGUGUACAAGUUCUGUGAACUGGCCGUGCAGACGGGAAUGGACAUCUUCCGUGUCUUCGAUUCGCUCAAUUACCUGCCCAACUUGAUUCUGGGAAUGGAGGCUGCCGGCAAGGCGGGAGGAGUCGUUGAGGCUGCCAUUUCCUACACUGGGGACGUGAGUGAUCGCUCAAAGACGAAGUACGACCUGAAGUACUACGUCAAUCUGGCGGACGAGCUCGUGCGUGCUGGCACUCAUGUGCUCGCCAUCAAGGACAUGGCGGGAUUGCUGAAGCCCAAUGCUGCUCGCCUGUUGAUCUGUGCCAUCAGGGAUAAGCAUCCCGACAUUCCCAUUCAUAUUCACACGCACGACACUUCGGGAGCCGGCGUGGCGGCAAUGCUGGCUUGCGCUGAGGCUGGAGCUGAUGUUGUGGAUGUGGCAGUGGACUCCAUGUCUGGAAUGACCUCGCAGCCGAGCAUGGGAGCAGUCGUUGCGUCUCUGCAAGGUACAACUGCCGACACACUCUUCAAUCUGUCCGACAUAUCGGAGUACUCGGCGUAUUGGGAGCAGACGCGCACCUUAUACGCGCCAUUCGAGUGCACCACGACCAUGAAAUCGGGCAACGCGGAUGUGUACAUGAACGAGAUUCCCGGUGGCCAGUACACCAAUCUCCAAUUCCAGGCCUAUUCGCUGGGUCUGGGAGAUUUCUUUGAGGACGUGAAGAAGGCGUACCGCGAGGCAAAUCUCCUGCUCGGCGACAUCAUCAAAGUCACACCAUCGUCGAAAGUUGUGGGUGAUCUUGCGCAGUUCAUGGUGCAGAACAAGCUGACGGCGCAGCAGAUCGCAGAGAAGGCGGAAGAGCUCUCGUUCCCCAAGUCCGUGGUGGAGUUCUUGCAAGGCGCCAUCGGAACGCCCCAUGGCGGCUUUCCCGAGCCGCUGCGAUCGCGCGUGCUGAAGGACAUGCCACGCGUCGAGGGACGCCCGGGAGCAUCUCUAGCUGAGCUCGAUUUCGCCCAGCUGAAGGGUGACCUCAAGGAAUCUCACGCCCAAGUCACGGAUCGCGAUGUCAUGUCAGCCGCUCUGUAUCCCCAGGUCACCAAUGAUUUCCUCACCUUCCGCGAUUCCUUCGGGCCUGUGGACAAACUGGACACUCGCAUCUUCCUAACGGGACCCAAAGUGGGUGAGGAGUUUGAGGUGACGCUGGAGAAGGGCAAGACGGUGCACAUCAAGACUCUGGCCAUGGCUGAGGAUCUCACGCCGAAUGGUGAGCGAGAGGUGUUCUUUGAGUUCAACGGGCAGCUGCGUUCUGUGCUCAUCCGCGACAAGGAGGCCGUCAAGGAGCUUCACAUUCAUCCCAAGGCGAACAAGGGCAACAAAAGCGAAGUGGGCGCUCCGAUGCCGGGAACAGUGAUUGACAUUCGAGUGAAGGAGGGUGACCACGUGGAGAAGGGCCAGCCCCUGAUCGUGCUCUCGGCCAUGAAGAUGGAAAUGGUGGUGCAGUCGCCCAAGGCCGGCACCGUGAAGAAGCUGGAGAUUAGCAACGGCAUGAAACUCGAGGGCGACGACCUGAUCCUCGUGCUGGACUGAACUGGCGUCAAUUAGCACUGAGAUUUGAGAUUGCGACCUGAUCUUCCGCGUGAGAGACUUGCGCUUAGGCUUUUAGGUGAUGAUAUUUUUAUACUUGUUACCCCUCAAAAUUGUUUUGUUUGUCUCUUUUGCUAAAUUGUAAAAAAUGUAUAUGAAACAUGUUUCAAAACGUUUA